AUGCUCGCCGCCUACGGCAUUCUGCAGGAGCGGAUUAUGACACUGCACUAUAAUGGUGAAAUGUUUCGACACUCUGUGUUCCUCGUUCUGUGCAACCGAUUGGUGGCUGUGGUUUUUGCCAGCUUGAUAGCACGAAUGCACAAGGAAAGCCUGGGCAACAAGGCUCCUCUACAUUGUUAUUUGAUUGUCUCGCUGAGCAAUGUGAUUGCGAGUACAUGCCAAUAUGAAGCCCUCAAGCAUGUGUCCUUCGUUGUGCAGAUGCUUGGGAAGUCCUUCAAGAUGAUGCCUGUUAUGCUAUGGGGAAUGGCAAUGAGUGGAAAGCGGUACAGCUUGAGUGAUUGGAUGAUUGCAGCAGCAGUCACAACUGGAAUCACGGUGUUCUUGGUCUGUGGACCAACGCAUGCUCCCUCCGGCUCCAGCACAGCCAGCACAGCUACCGGCCUGCUUCUGCUCUGUGGCUUCUUGGCUUUCGACGGACUAACCUCCGUAAUGGAGGAGAAGCUUUUCAAGGACUAUGAAACGUCCAAGUGGAAUCAGAUCUUGUAUGUGAACUUGCUGUCCUCCACGACUUCUGCAGCAGCAUUGGUUGGAUCUGGAGAAAUGAUGCCGGCCCUGACCUUUGCACAUGCGCAUCCCGCUUUCGUAGCAGACGCGUCGUUUCUUAGCCUGUCAGCUGUCUCGGCGCAGUAUUUCAUCUAUUCCCAGAUUCGCGAGUUUGGAGCUGUGAUCCUUGCCUUGACGAUGAACAUUCGCCAGGCAAGGCGCUCACGGGUGGCUGCAUAA